AUGGCUACCUCGAAUUUCCUAUAUCGAACCCUAAUCAGUUCCACCGCCUCCCCGACCUCCCGCCGCCUCUCAGCCGUCAAAGCGGCGCGCGUCCGUUGCUUCUCCACCCUUCCGAAGAGAAGUACAUCGCGGCCGGAGCUCACGCCGUCGGACGUGGAAGCGAGGGUGGUGGAGAGGAUUGAGGACUACAUCCACAGCAUAAUUGUCCAGAGAUCUAGGCCUGAUUGGCUUCCCUUCGUACCCGGAAGCUCGUUCUGGGUCCCGCCGCGUCCUAGCUCGUACGGCGUAUCUGACGUCGUGCACAGGCUCGCUAACGCGCCAACGGAGGAGGAGAACCUGUCUACGGUUAGCAUGCAGGGGUGGCCUUCCUCAGAUUUCUAUUUGCCCGAUGAGGAAUCACCUCACAUUGAGUUCAGGACAGCUGAGUUGUCGUCAGCUGAGGCCGCCCACGAUGAAGAAGGAUGA